AACUAUCGGUAGCUGUCAGUAGCUGUUUUCAAGUGAAUGUUGACAAAUGAAAUGACGUAAAGUCCGUGUGCUCGCGUGUCGUUAUUUUAAUAAAUAAAUGUACAAUGUAAUAAUUCGAUAAUACAGAUUGUAUUUUUUGUAAGAUUUAAUUCUAAGUUGCAUUCUUAACACAAUGGAGGAGUUUCUACAAAACAUAGGAGUGGGAUUGCGUCCCAUAAACGAUCCAUUUUUCGAGGAUUCGUAUAAUUCUUGCAAGAUAUUUCAAAGGAAAGGCAUCACUGUGGAAGACGACGAAGAGUUGUGUCACGAAGUUAUAAGAGAAUUUCCUUGUUAUGCCAGUGGUUGUAAAGCUACAUUUCAAACGCUACUUGAUUUUGAGAUGCACUACAAUACUAAUCAUCGUUACGUUUGUAUAGAGUGCAAGAAGUCCUUGCCAAAUCCUAGACUGUUAGAUAUUCAUAUUCAAGAAACUCAUGACAGUUUCUUUCAAGUUUUAUCAUUAAAGCAACCAAUGUAUCAGUGCUACGUUUCUGAAUGUGAUUUAAAGUUUAUUAAUCCUGUUGAAAGAAGAAAGCAUUGCACGAGUGUACAUAAGUUUCCUAAAAAUUUUCGAUUCGACAAUGCUUCACGUUAUGCAAAGAAAGAGCCAAAAGACAAAAUGGAUAUAGAUGAGUCGGAACAUGAAAAGAAGGAGCAAAAAAAUAAAAUGGUUCGGUUAAGUAAAAAUCAGAAAAGUAAAAUGUUCAUACCUGGAAUGAAAAGUGCAGCAAUGUCUAAUUUAAAUGAGAAUCAACAGAGUUCGAAUCCUAUCUCUGGAACGUCAUCCCUAACUUUUAUUCCUCUACAAAUAAAAAACUCGUACACGAAUGCGCUCACUAAGAAUCAAAGUAAUGAAAAAAAUGUUCUCGAAACAGAAACUAUGAUGGAUUUGGCUGAAUCGCUACCUACGUGAUAAUAUCUGUUAAAUUAGCGAUGAAUUUCAUACAAAAACGACAAAAAUUUUGUUUUAUAAAUGACA